UAUGUGGUAAUUUUAUAGCUGUUUAUACCUGGUAGCACUUUACAAAGUAUAGGUAGUUUUGGUAUAAAAUAAAAUGUGUUCGGAAAGUGGAUUUAUGACAAGAUGUAGUAGAAUGAACGUUGAAUCUUUAUAAGAAUUAGCGUCACCUUUUUUUAACUUGAGCAAGUUCAAAACGUCAGAGUUAUUUUUCAUACUGCAACAUAUCAAUAGUAUAAGUUGUGUUUACUUUUUGGUUAACACCUCAUUCCUUCUCAAUACAACAAAAUUUUGAGUAAGGGAUAACAGGUUUUUUUUUGACUCAAAAAAUCUUGCGAAAAUCACAUUUUACAGUAGCUAUUUUGAUAUUAUUUUUUGAUUGUUUAUAUUCAAAAUAAAUGAAUUUUUAUUAAACAUAUCGCUAAACCAUCAAUGUUACUCAAGAAUUUUUCGGUGCUACCCACUACCGACGUUUGCAAGCGUGAAUGUUCAAAUAAUUCAAUGUCCGCUCAUAAUUAUUCUUUAGAGAUUCUUUUGGAUCAAGAAGAUAUUCUGCAACAAAUUCAAAUGAAUAGUGUCAUUGCUGACUUCGUAUUACUCCCUACGACAUUGUAUCGCCUUGUUGCAUAUUGCACUCAACUUCCCUUACCAAAUGCUUCUGAAGCAGAAUGUUUUCGAUAUCCUUUUUUGUCUUGCGAAUUGUUGUGUACUGAAUCACCCUCAUUUUUAAUGCGGUUCUUUGACAAUGAUUGCGCACAUGUUUUAGAAGCUUUAUGGAAUUUUUUAGCACCUGAGAAAACAAAAAAACGACGCUUCUGUUCUUCUUGUAGAUCAACAAGUUCUUCAAAGUCCUCUUAUUUGAAUACAAGAAGACGUCACUCUUUAGCAGAUACUAACAUUAGUAAACCCUAUAAUUGGACAAGCACAAGAAAAACAAGUUCUAAAGCCGUGAAUGAUCCUAUUCUGUGUGGUUACUUUAGUCGUAUUGUUGCGGCAAUGUAUCACCAGCAGGCUGGUUUGCUAACUGUUUACCUGAAGAAAAAAGAGUGGAUUUUACGUCAAUUGCUUCUAUGCUGUCACCAACGCGCUAUAGCAGACUUAGUUAGCGGAUUCCUUUUACAAGACACAGUUUCGUUAACACUUUAUCAUCCAUCAAGAGUUAUGCUAGCUCUCUUAGUGCUUAUAAGAGAAGAUGCUUUAUUUCAAGAAAGUGAAUUAUCAAUGGAUUUGUGUUUCCGGAGGCAAGAAAAUAUUUUAUUUAUUUUGGAGCAAAUUUUAUUCUUAGAAAAUGAUGGGGAGUCUUUUUCCCUUCACCGCAAAAAUUUACAUUUCGAAAAAUACAUUUUAUCUUUAACAUGUCCGACAGCAUGCAAAAUUUUUUUACAAUGUUUGACGACUUUUAGUGUUAUAACCAUAAAGGUGAUUGUUAGAAUUCUAUCUUUGUUAAACUCUGUAACUCGAUAUCUGAGGAAUAAAAGUUUAAACAAACAAACUUUGUGUUCAUCAAGUGAUCAACACAGUUCUAAGCAGUCGUUUUUUUUUAAAACUUUUUUCUCAAAACCUCUAGGAUCCUAUUCCUUGACUUCUUUUUUAGAUAGCGAUUCCAAUGAAAAAAAUACAAAAACUAGCCUACCGUUGAAUGAUACGGAUUGUGGCAAUGAAGCCUGUAAAAGCGUUUUUGAUAAAUCUAAUGACACAGUAAAGGAUUCAUUAAAUGGAAAUAUUUUGUUUAAUGAAGCUAUCAAAAAUAUUUUCAGGUAUGAAACUUCUCGUGAUUUUAAAAUAUGGAAGUAUAACCCGGAUGUUUUGUUUUUGAAACCCUGUUUAUUGAUGUAUCAUAACGAGAAGGCAUGGAACCACAUUCCAGAAGAACUUGAAGUUUUGGCACAUUGUUUUUUUUUGGAAAAAUGGAUUGCCCCAUUUUUUCAAAUUAUAUUCCAAAAUAUAAAUAAAAAUUUGAGUGAACGAGAAAACGUUGUAAAAAAACUAAACCAAUCUGGAAUCGGUAGCAAAAGUUCCAAUUCAACAAGUGGCGGUCAUAACAGUGACGAUGAAGAGUGUUCUAUAACAAUGCCGACAAAAACUAAUAAAAUGGAUUCUUCAAAAGCGUUGUUUUUUGAUACAACAGUAUUGUUGCCAACACAAGAUAGUCAAAAAGAUGCCGAGAUUUUUAAGAUCCACCCAGUUGACCAUCUCUCUAGUAAUUAUCAUAAGAACAUUACGGGUUUCGAAGAAAACCUGUCAAAAGAAAGCCAAUCGCUGUUUCAAAACGAUGAGAAGAUAUUGUUGGAAUGUACUCAAAACACCGAAAAUGUUUUUAUAAACGAUUCCAGGGAUCCCCAUACUAUGAUUAAUGGAACUAUGCAGCAUGAAAAAAACAAUUCGAUUUCAAGAACACUCAAAAGCUUAAAUUUUUUUCUAGAUAACGACAAUCAAAACAUGAAACCCAACACUAACAAAACAACGAAUUUUCUAGUCCAUUUGCCUUAUGGAGCUUAUCCCCGUAUCGGCAUUGAAUGUAUUAGUAUUCUUAAAUUAGCUACCAUUUUGCUGCAGGGCACAAAAGAGUCGAGGUUACUGAUCGCUACACCAAUUUUUCUAAACACACUCGUCCGUUGGUUUGUAAUGAAUCAUUGGAACACUGCAUUACAUAUAGCCAUUGCUGAAAUUUUCCAGUCAAUUGUUUUAAUGGAAAACCCAUUGCAAAAAAUUGAAGUACUUUUGCAACCCGAUUCACGUUACACAGUUCAAACUAAAGACAAUGUUAAAGAGGAAAGACAAUGUAGUGAACAUAUCCUGACUGUUUUGCUGAUGAAGACCCAUUUGUUGUCACAUAUGACGGACAUUAUUAAAAACUACAAACAAGUGCGUAUGGAAAAAAAUAUUCAUAUUCGUCGAAAAAAACAUACCAACUUUAUAAAAGGGUCUUUCAUCCAUACGCUUCACCUUGCGUCAUUAAUAUGUAUCAAAACGCAUGAGUAUCCUAAGGAGUUACAGGAUUUUUUGCGACUAAUUCCAGAGUGGUCUGAUGUUAUAGAUGAAGUCUUACGGUUUUCAAAUACGUUGAGGGUGCCGCUAGGAGGUGAGGCCCCCAAAGUCGAGAAUGAAUCGUUAAAACGUCAAGAGUAUAUACUUCCUCUUGGUUUAGGAUGUUGGAUUCCCGGUUACAAAAGAUUAAGUAACAAACAAGAGGGUUGUCUGGGUAGGCACAUUGAGAAAAAUAAAUUAAAUUUGGAUUUGAAGGCUACAGAAGAGUCUAAUUUAUUUAGUGAUGCAUUCAAAAAAGAACAAGGGUGUGAACGACAAAUUGACGACACUUAUGUGAAUGUUAACAGCUGUAAUAAUAAGAAUUUUAUUUUCAAGAAAUCAAGUAGCCAUGAAGAGUGUGGAAUUGAUCUGAUCAGACAUUUAAAUAAUGACAUGGUUUCUCACAAGUCAAACGAUGAUGGUCAUUUAUUAAAACGAACAGUUCCUAGUAAUGUGUGCGAUUCCACUAAAAUUAGUAUGAAUACUUCUUUUCUUCAUCCGCCUACUCUAAAAUCGUUCGACGCAGUACAAAUGGAAGAUAUGGUUCGUAGUAAGGAUUUUAAUUUUCUUUCUUCAGCAACAUGUACAGAUUCAGUAGAUGAUUUAUCAUUUACAAUCGAGUCGAUAUCAUUUACAAAACCAUUAGAUAGAUGGCUAGGUGAUUUAAGACUUUCUUUUCAUCAAAAAGAGAAUUCGGAUGACUCUUACUUGAUUGAUUUAAUGUCACGCAAUGUUUCAGUAGCGCAAGCACCUAUAACAGAAAAUCAAAAAGAUUCCUAGUUCCUUUUUUUUAUUUGUUUUCUUUGAUCUUUUUUUUAACUUUAAGAAGCGAUUUUUUUUUAAAAUAUACAAUAAAACCUUUGUGCUAUACACAAGUUUAUUAAAGUUGAU